AUGGACGACGUCAUAACGGGAGCCGACUCCUUGCACCAUGCCGUCGCUCUGCAAACAGAGCUCCGAGAGCUUUGCACGGCGGGCGGGUUUCCGCUCCGGAAAUGGGCCGCCAACAGCGAAUCCAUCCUUGAAGGGGUGCCCUCUGAUCACCGGCUGCAGCUAGCGCAUCACUCCUGGGAGAACGAGGUGCAUUCCACCUUGGGCCUGCGCUGGCAUCCCGCCAGCGACGACUUCUCCUUCGCGAUCCAGGCUCCAGUCACAGGCGGAUACACCAAGAGGCGAGUCCUGUCAGAAACGGCGCGGUUGUUCGACCCUCUAGGAUGGCUAGCUCCCGUCAUCAUCCGCGCCAAGAUUCUAAUACAGUCUGCAUGGCUGAAAGGGCUGGAUUGGGACACUCCGCUCCCAACCGAGGACGCCCAGCCCUGGCAGCGUCUCCUCUCCGAGCUCCAUGUGCUGGGGCGCCUCAGGGUGGAGCGCUGGCUAGGGACGACUCAUCAGGCGUCGCAAAUUGAGAUCCACGGAUUCGCCGACGCGUCCGAACGUGGCUUUGCUGCCGUCGUCUAUCUCCGCGUGACCACUGCCGACGGGACGACCACUCAUCUUCUCGCCGCUAAAACCAAGGUCGCUCCCAUAAAGCCCGUGACACUCCCGCGGCUGGAACUUUGCGCUGCCUCCUUGCUCGCGAACCUCACGUGCCAUCUCCGGACUUCACUAGAUAUACCGUCAGCGCCGGUAUACCUCUGGUCCGACUCCAGGGUCGCCCUCCACUGGAUCAAGGGUCACGCCUCGCGAUGGAAGACCUACGUGGCCAAUCGGGUGUCGCUGAUACAACAGCGGCUACCCGAAGCACAGUGGAGGCACGUUCCUGGCCAGGAUAAUCCAGCCGACUGCGCAUCCAGAGGAAUCGCCCCGUGGGAUUUGGUGGACCACCCCCUCUGGUGGAGUGGCCCCGACUGGCUCCCCAGGGACUCGUCGCUAUGGCCAGACCAGGACAACCAGACCAUGAUGGGCGAGGUCCCUGAAAUUAAAGGAACUAUAUUAGUCGCCACAUGCAGGGACAAACCGGAGCCGGAACUUCUUCUUCAGUUUUCCUCUCUACACCGGCUCUUACGUGUGUCUGCAUGGUGUCUCCGCUGGCGGCCAUCCGGUCGUCAUCCUCUCAGCACCGUUCUGCUGCCGAGCGAACUUGACGUCUCUCUCUUCCGCUGGCUCAGAGUCGUCCAAGGGAUCCAUUACGCCGCUGAGAUCGCUGCCGCUCGAGAAUCUCGCUCGAUGCCCAAGGGCGGCCACCUGGCUAAGCUGCACCCCUUCAUCGACAGCCAAGGAAUCCUCCGCGUUGGGGGUCGCCUGAAACACGCGAUAUUGACCUACGAUGAGCGCCACCCCAUGAUAGCGCCUCCAGCUUCAUGGCUUACCCAGCUCAUCGUAGAGUCUUGCCACCGACGGACGCUGCAUGGAGGCACGCAGCUCACACUGGGACUACUCCGCCUCCGCUUCUGGGUGCCGCGAGGUCGAGCCGUGGUCAAGCGGAUCCUACACCGAUGCGUGACGUGCGUACGCUGGCGAGCCAACACUCCGCGGCCUCUGAUGGGGGAUCUCCCGCCAGGUCGUGUUACUCCAGCGCGCCCCUUCCUGAGGACAGGGGUCGAUUACGCCGGUCCGAUAUUCCUCCGCACAUCCAAGGGGCGAGGACAGCGAGCACACAAGGCCUUCAUAGCCUUAUUUGUCUGCCUUUGUUCCAGAGCAACUCACCUGGAAGUAGUGUCCGACUACUCGCACGGACGCAUUCCUUGCCGCAUUCCGCAGGUUCAUCUCCCGUCGAGGCCUGUGCGAGGAAAUGUACUCCGACUGCGGCACCAACUUCGUCGGAGCGGACAGGCAGCUGCGAGAGUUCUUCCGUGCGUCUUCCCCGACGGCCGUCGCAUCGCGCAGGGAAUCACCAAGGAGGGCGUAUCCUGGCGCUUCAACCCUCCUGCCGCGCCGCACUUUGGAGGGCUAUGGGAGGCCGCGGUGAAAUCGACCAAGCAUCACCUGCGACGAGUGAUCGGAGAGUCUACUCUCACCUUCGAGGAGAUGAGCACUCUCCUAGCGCAAAUCGAGGCUUGCUUAAACUCUCGUCCAUUACAGGCCUUGUCGGAUGAUCCGGAUGACCUGUCUGCCUUGACUCCAGGUCACCUCCUCAUAGGCGCUCCGCUGUUGGCAAUUCCGGAACCUUCGCUGGCAGACCAUUCACCGAACACGCUGUCGCGAUGGCAGCUACUCCAGCGAAUGCGUGACCACUUCUGGCAGCGAUGGUCACAGGAGUACCUCCACGCCUUGGCACCUCGGUCGAAAUGGCUCAAGGCCGAGCCAGCACCAGAAGUCGGAGCACUGUGCCUCAUCCGCUCGGAGUCCACCUCGCCCACCCAUUGGCCCCUCGCGAGAAUUACCCGGUUACACCCCGGAAGCGACGGAACGGUCCGCGUCGUGACCGUCCGAACCUCCACCUCGGAAUUCGUCCGGCCGGUGGUGAAACUUGUCCUCCUGCCGGGGGUCAAGGAAGCUCAUGCGUCCGCGAACGAAUAG